AUGCGGAGCGCGCUGAGCUGGUGCGCGGUAGCCCGCGCCCUGGUCCUAGCCGGCCUCUGGCUGGCCGCAGCCGGGCGCCCCCUAGCCUUCUCGGACGCGGGGCCGCACGUGCACUACGGCUGGGGUGAGCCCGUCCGCCUACGGCACCUGUACGCCGCCGGCCCCCACGGCCUCUCCAGCUGCUUCCUGCGCAUCCGCGCCGACGGCGGCGUUGACUGCGCACGGGGCCAGAGCGCGCACAGUCUGCUGGAGAUCAGGGCAGUCGCUCUGCGGACCGUGGCCAUCAAGGGCGUGCACAGCGUCCGGUACCUCUGCAUGGGGGCCGACGGCAGGAUGCAAGGGCUG